CCGAGCUCCCCAGCCAACACGGCUGAGACAGCCCCUCACUCGCACACAGCGGGCUCAGCCUAGGCCUGGGAACCCCACAGGCACAACUGCCGCCUCCAGCUCCAUCCAUUCUGCCGUGGGGGGGGGGGCGACAGAGAGUGAAAGCGGAGCUGCAGCGCGUCAGGCACACCGUACCUUCCCUUCCACCCCCCGUUUCCCCCUAGUGCGCCCUUCUCACACCUAUAUAUACACCCCGGUUACCUGCACCGAGAGGGGCCCCGUCCUAAGGCUCAGGCGGCUGCUGGGGGAGUUGAUUCCAUGAAUUAACCCCAUAAGGGGGCGGAGGAGGUGGAAAGACUUCGCGAACAAUGGGGAAAUCCAACAGCAAGCUGAAGCCUGAGGUGGUGGAGGAGCUGACCAGGAAAACCUACUUCACAGAGAAAGAAGUGCAACAAUGGUAUAAAGGGUUUAUUAAGGACUGUCCCAGUGGGCAGCUCGAUGCCGCAGGCUUUCAGAAGAUUUACAAGCAGUUCUUCCCGUUUGGAGACCCCACCAAAUUUGCAACAUUUGUCUUUAAUGUUUUCGACGAGAACAAAGAUGGUCGCAUUGAAUUUUCCGAAUUCAUUCAAGCCCUGUCUGUCACAUCCCGUGGGACCCUGGAUGAGAAACUGCGCUGGGCGUUUAAAUUGUACGACCUUGACAAUGAUGGCUACAUUACUCGGAAUGAGAUGUUGGACAUUGUGGAUGCCAUUUAUCAGAUGGUGGGGAAUACCGUGGAGCUUCCUGAAGAAGAAAACACCCCAGAGAAGCGGGUCGAUCGGAUCUUUGCUAUGAUGGACAAGAAUUCAGACGGCAAGUUGACGCUACAGGAGUUUCAGGAAGGAUCUAAGGCAGACCCCUCGAUCGUGCAGGCGUUAUCUCUAUACGACGGCCUGGUAUAGAGGCUCCGUAUGGCGUCUUGCGUAUGCCCCUGGGGUAAGAUCCUUAGUGUGCCACCAGAUCAUGUCAGCAACGCGGCUCGUUCCCUUCCAACAGUCACUCCCAUAAUGCACCGGGAUAGAACACACCCCCAAACAUACGCUCGUCUCGACGGAUCACUUUUAUUCCCACUUCUGGCUAAAUUCUGAUGACUGGGAACCUGCACCCCCAAAGGCUGCCGACCGCCCCCCUGUACCAAACACGCUCUUUUCUAUGACACCGCCCCCCGUCUCCUGCCCGUGGCUUCUUGUGUUUCCUCAUAGGCUCAGAGAGGGUGGACCACCCAAAGCGAAGAACCGACCGUUGACUCCUUUUUUAGCUCCGAGGGGUGGUGUCCGAUGUUGGCCCCUCAGCCAUGGCAGAUUGGGGAGCAGGAGGUAUAGCCAGGUAUAUGUUCAUACGAAGAACUAUGUUUGAGGCUCUCAGCUCUUAAUGAAGAGAAUGAGCCCCCCUGUGCGGGGGUACUAGACUGGUCUGUAUAUAAUAUAUAUGUCUCUGGAACCUCCAGCGUACAGUACCCUACCGAUUGGUUCUAUUUUGCAUAACGCUGAAUCGUGCUUUUAUUGUGAAUACGUGAUUUUUUUAUAC